AUGUCCAUUUGAAGUACUUCGGUGUGUUAUUUUACCUGCAAAACUUGGGGAAUGGAGAUUGGUGCUAAAUAAUGAAAGCUUUUUUUCUGAAAUAUGGUGUUAAACUACUUUUCUCAACUUCUGUGUCACACAAGUGGAAUUGUCUAGACAGGUUCAUAAAUUUAGGUUGUGCUGAACUUGAUGUUGGAAUUUCUAACAUCAUGUUUUGAACUGGCGGACGUUCGAGAGACAGCACACAUUAGCAUAUGAUAAUACACAUGCCAUGCUAGCUCACAAAGUUGCGAGAGUGGUCUGCUUCUGGAGGUGCCAGCCAUGUCUUUUAAAACAAGAGAAAUCUAUUUAUAUCUUCCCAGCGGUACAAGUGUAAGAACCAGGAGCUUGGCUCAGAGAAGAGCAAGCUGCUGAAGUCAGUUGAAACCGAGUGUCGGAGCCAAGCCAGCCUUUUUAGAAACAAAAUAGAUCGACUUUGGGGAGAUCGCUCGAGAAAACACGAAGACCCGAACAAAGGAGCCAGUGUGUCCGAUGAAUUCAUAUGGUGCCGAACAACUCUCAGCUGUGGCUUCUCAAAGUGGGCCACGUCAUUGUCUCGCAAAAGAUAAAAGAUCCACAGCACCAACCUUGCUGUUCAAAGCAACAGACUUGCGCUAUCUUGAUUUUGGGGGACGUCAGUCAUGGCGGAGCCUCGGCUUGUUUGGGGAUGAAAAAAAAAACCUCCAUUUCAGCUCCUCCAGCUCACAGUGUGCUGGAAAUGCAAAUGAAAGAACAUUGGACUUAUCACCUCUGUGAGAUAUUCAUGCAAAUACUCACGAAACUCGGCUGCAUAGGGUUUUAUUGAAUAGAUUAAGAUGAUCCAGAGGAAGUCGAGGAAUGCGUAAUUAUUGUGUGCUGCCAACAAAUCCCUUCAAAAAUUGAAAUGAGUGUAAGCAUGGGUUGGCAUCAGGCAGUGGCGAUUUCUUUUUUUUUUUUUUUAAGUUGAAUGAGGAUCUUUUAACUCUGAUGAUAAAUUUAUGUCUGGGAGGAUUUGCCAUGGUGCGAUGGGCAAUUGUCAAUAAUAAUAAUAACAAUCAUGAUGAUAAUAAUAAUAAAACAAUAAUAAUAGCAACAAUAAUAAUAAUACACAUUUAUUCAUAUCAGAAUGAAUCUGUACAGCAUCUCCAUCAACAUACACAGGAAAGGUCUGAUGCCAAAUAUCCAUUUGAAUGAGAUUAGUCUCCCAGCUCUCUGAACAAGUAGCAAAGCUGAAAACGACUUCUCUAUACACCACUGUUCAAUGUGCUGUGUGACCGCCUGUGAUAAGCUCAGCUCAUUGCUGGUAGCACAACUGCACAUGUAGUUUUUCACACUGAGGUGUAUUGGGAUGCAGCUGACUAUCUUAAUCUCAACGGCAUUCUUAAAAUGGAAGUGGAAACUACAGGAAGAUGGCUGAUGGUCGUGCAGCAGGUAAGCUCUCUCUGUUCACAGGCAUUCCACACAUGAGUUAAAGGGGGAGUCAGUUGUGAGCAAGCAGCAACAACAAAUAUUACAAUAUCUCUCUCUCUCUCUCUUUCUCUUUAUCUCUCUCUGUACAAAACUGCCUACCUGGCCCACUGCUGGUGAGUAUUUUAGUUUGAUUUGUGUCUCUUCUGUCCUUCACUCACAUUCCCCUUCUUAAAAAAAAGAACUUCUUGCACUUUACUCUCCAAUAUUCAGGGCCACUGCCAUCAAAAAUGUUAUAUAUUUGUUAUAACUCCAUUUCUUAGAAAUGCACUGCAUACUGUUUCUUGAAAGGCCUCUCCUGCUCUUCAGUCAAGACUGGUUAGCUCAAGAGGUUUUUUUUUUUUAUCUUGGCUCUUGUAUUGACUGAACUGGUCGUUAUUCAAAUGUGGUGUAUUUUCCCCAUAUGAGUUUUGAACUUUACAAGACAUUUUUAUUACGGGAACUGCAAUUUUCUAUCUUAUAGAUGGCCACAGUGCGUUUAUGGGGUAACUAUUAUAGCGGUGAUUAUUUACCAAGAGAGCUGUUUGGAUUCUAGUCUGACACGGGUGGUUUGUGUCACGCUCUUUUCUCGUAAAUGACAUUAUCAACUCUACACUGACAUUUCAUUAAAUUUGACAAAACUUAAUUUUCUCACCAGCGCUUACUUGUUUUGUAGCCUACACUAACUGGGCGACCAUUCAAUUGACUAACUGAUGCAAUCUUCCAACAAAUACGCACAGAGGAAUUGCAAGACACUCCGUUCUUACAAUACUGUAAAUCAUCAAAUAUGUAUUGAGUUAUUGGUCCCAUUGACCUGAGAGAGAGAGAGAGAGAGAUAGAGUGUACACAAAUUGUAAAAUGUUUGUAAAACGUUUGUAAUUAAUCAUUAACCUGACACCAAGAUUUCUGGCUUUGAGUCUCUAGUGGGUUUGUCGAUAUUUACGCAUGUACAAUUACUUCACUGUGUCUGACACGGUGCUACAUUGGUCAUUAGGUCAGGCAAAAUGUGUGACUAGGUGUUAUACACAACCAUUCUCAUAAAUGCAGUGUUACAGAAACUUUUUCUCUUUGCGCAGAUUACCAGCACAGGCAGAGAUGAUGGGUCCAGGAUUGCUCCUCUCUUGACAACAGCUUUCAGUGUCCGUGCUUUCUUCCCCACUCAGCGCCGCGCCGCGUUAUGGUGAUCCGAUAGUUGUGAAAAGCCACCACUAGUCGCCCCCAGUGCUCUUGCAGUCUCCAAUUCUUCUUUCCCACUGUAGACUUAACGUCACGUCCGCACUUGAACUUGAAUUUUAUCCCAUUGUACGGAGGCAGCCCUCGCCACAGAGAGACAGAGAGCUCCCGGUGAAGCAGGACUCCGCCAUCUUCAUAGAGAAAAGAAAGGUGGAAAAGCCAGCAGGUCUUGAUUUAUUUGGCAGAAGGGAGGCAGUCUAUGUCCCUGGUCUCCACAGAGCCGAACAAGGGGAGCGUUUGCAAAGAGUUGGACUGACUGAAAAAAGUAGCUGACAUUGCAUGCAAAAGGCGAGUUCUGGUGUCCUGGGAGAAGUGACCAUCGCUUGCUGAACCCAAAUACUGAGAAGAAAUUUGGAUUUCUUAAUUUAUUUUAUUAAUAACAAAUGAUUUCUUUUUUUUCUCUGUGAAGAAAUUUCAGAGCCGCUGAUGAGCCAUAUAGUUGACUGGACGGAGAGAGGUAUUGAGCAGACCUAAACUGUCAGAACGCAGUGGGCAUCAUAUUUGACUGCCUUAAAAGGCAGAGAGACAUUUUUGCUGGUUUGUUCACAACUGUCAGUCCCGGGCGUGAAACAUCAAGGAUAUUUUUUUCCGCCUCUUCGUCCUUGGACAGAUUGCGUUCAUCACACACCUUAACCAAAUGUGUUAGUCACAGAAUCUCUGAAAGCGAAGACUGUGUGUAUGUGUGUGUGUGUGUCCGCGGCGCGGUCGUAGGGCGCAUAAGUGGACAGGAGGGACGAAGCGCAAAGGCAUUUCAGCUCUUUUGACCAAGGGACUCUGCUAUCUGUCCGUCUGGCGGUCCAACGUGCAAUCAGUGCCAGUUUCGUGGGGGUCCCGGGAAAAGUUACAGAAGGGAAACGAGGACCACACAAAGGAGGGGAGGCAGCCGAUCAUUCCUUGUGCAGGUCACCGGGCGAUGCCAGUGUAAAUGCCAGGGCAAUGUCCCGUCGCAAGCAGGGAAACCCACAGCACUUGUCACAAAGAGAAAUCAUAACACCGGACGCUGACCAUGCGGACGCCGGGUUGGACGUGCCCGAGAUGCCCCCCAACUCUCACCCCCACCCUUACCCACACCCGCACUCGCACCCCCUCUCCCACGCCAUGCUGGACCCCGCCGCGCCCGGGCCUCUUCCCUCGGGGCUGGGGGACCACGACCUGCUCACCUGCGGCCAGUGCCACAUGCCCUUCCCUCUGGGGGACAUCCUGCUCUUCAUCGAGCACAAGAAGAAGCAGUGCCAGGCCCUGAUGGGACACCACGGCUGCUACGACAAAAUGGCUGACCGCAGCGGCCGAGGAGGCGGAGGAGGAGGAGGAGGAGCAGGAGGAGGAGGAGGAGGAGGAGGAGGAGGAGGUGGCGGCGGCAGCCCCUCGCCACCCCACCAGCGCCCUGGGCUGCGGAAAGUGGUUGAACCGGUCGAAAUUGGAAUCCAGGUGACUCCCGAGGAGGAAGACGAGAGACUGCUGACGCCCCUGAAAGGAAUUUGCCCCAAGCAGGAGAGCGUCCAAGCAGGUAGAGAUGAACCAUCGAGCUACAUAUGCACGACCUGCAAACAGCCUUUCAGCAGCGCUUGGUUCCUUCUCCAGCAUGCCCAGAUCACACACGGGAUCCGCAUCUACCUGGAGGCACACACCAACAACGCAUCCCUGACUCCUCGAAUCACCCUCCCUCCACCCAUGGGUCCCGAAUCCAUACCCCAGUCUCCCCUCACCAAUUUUUUAGGAGACAAUAACCCCUUCCAUCUCUUGCGAAUGACUGGGCCUCUGCUUCGAGAACCACCCCCCGGGUUUGUGGAGAACCGGCUUCCCGCCACCCCACCGUUCGUCAGCCCUCCCCCACGCCAUCACCUGGACCCCCAUCGCUUGGAACGCCUUAGCGCAGAGGAAAUGGGCUUAAUCUCCCAGCAUCCCAGUGCCUUCGAGAGGGUGAUGCGCCUGAACCCCAUGGCCAUCGAGUCGCAGUCCAUGGACUUCUCGCGCCGGCUCCGGGAGCUCGCCGGCAACAACAACAACGCCACGCCUCCACUCUCCCCGAGCCGCUCCAACCCUAUGCACCGCCUGCUCAACCCCAACCCCUUUCAGGCCAGCCCCAAGUCGCCCUUUCUGAGCACCCCGCCGCUGCCUCCCAUACCCCCCAGCAGCACAACGCCACCGCAGACGCUGAAGAGCAAAUCGUGCGAGUUCUGCGGCAAGACCUUCAAGUUCCAGAGCAACCUGAUUGUCCACCGGCGGAGCCACACCGGUGAGAAGCCUUACAAGUGCCAGCUGUGCGACCACGCAUGCUCGCAGGCCAGCAAGCUCAAGAGGCACAUGAAGACUCACAUGCACAAGUCGGGCUCCAUGACGGGUCGCUCCGACGACGGGCUGUCCACCACCAGCUCGCCAGAGCCGGGGACGAGCGACGUCACAGGGGAGGGCAUGAAAAACCGGGACGGGGACUUCAGUGGCGAGGGAGGUGAGAACGAAGAGGAGGAGGAAGAGGAGGAGGAAGAAGAGCUAGAGAAUGAGAGCAGACCCGAGUCUAACUUCAGCAUGGACUUGGAGUUCUGCCGAAACCGCGAGAAUGGUUCCAAGCCCCCCUCGGAAGAGAAGGACUUGUCCCUUGGCAAGAUGGUGGAAAAUGUGGGACUCCACUCUAUCCAGCAGUAUAAUAACUUGAUAGUCGACAAUCGGAAAAGGUUGCCUUUCUCCAAAAGGUGCUCUGAUGGCCAUCGCGACAUAGGUGAUGAAGACUCUGUGGUAGGGGAAAUGGACCGGGUGGAACGGGCGACGGUGAAUGGCAGAACCUGUGGCUCUGGCGACUCUUUCUCAGGCUUAUUCCUCCGAAAGCCCACACCCAUCACCAGUCCCAGCCUCUCCAACUCCUCCAAGAGGAUCAAAAUCGAGAAGGACCUGGACAUUCCCCCCGCACCCCUCAUCCCCUCCGAGAACGUCUACUCCCAGUGGCUGGUGGGCUACGCGGCUUCGCGGCACUUCCUCAAAGACCCCUUCCUGGGGUUCACCGAUUCCAGACAAUCUCCCUUCGCCACCUCCUCUGAGCACUCCUCGGAGAACGGCAGCCUGCGCUUCUCCACGCCUCCAGGUGACCUGCUGGAUGGGGGCCUCUCGGGCCGCAGUGGCACGGCCAGCGGCGGCAGCACCCCACACCUGGGCGCCCCAUUGCGGCCAGGCUCCAAGGAGAGCCGUCGCAGCGACACCUGCGAGUACUGCGGGAAGGUGUUCAAGAACUGCAGCAACCUAACGGUGCACCGGCGCAGUCACACCGGCGAGCGGCCGUACAAGUGCGAGCUGUGCAACUACGCCUGCGCCCAGAGCAGCAAGCUCACGCGACACAUGAAGACCCACGGCCAGCUCGGUAAGGAAGUGUACCGCUGUGACAUUUGCCAAAUGCCCUUCAGCGUCUAUAGCACCCUGGAGAAACACAUGAAAAAGUGGCAUGGGGAACACUUGAUGACAAAUGAGGUGAAAAUCGAACAAGCAGAGAGAAGCUAAGCUAGGCUUUCCCUAUUUAGCCUCCUGAAAAACAAAAACAAAAAAUGGGGUAGCUGGGUACUCUUGAUUCACAGAAUAAUGGUUUUAGGUUAUUUUAUGUUUUGCCUAAGAAACUGCCAUCUGAGAAAAAAAACAAACAAAACAAAACAAAAAAGCAGGAAGUUCAACUGUUGGUGUAAACUGCCUAAAUUGGCAUUUUGAUUUUUACAAUCUAUCAGCGGAUGAAUUAAAUAUACGUGGAGCCUUUAACUGUGCAAUAAUUUCUGUAUUUAUUGGAUUUUGUAAUGUUUUGGCAUGUGCAGGUACAUUUUUAUUUGAUCAUUAUUACCUUUUGUUCUAUUAUUUUAUGCUGGGAUUUUCUUUUAAAAACCCAGAGGACAUCCUGAGAUUUUCUUUUUGCAGAGCAGAAUACCAUUUGAAUAAUUUUAAGGCCGCUGCUUUAACCGAAUUGUAUAUUUAAGUUACAUGUGUAAUUUCUUGAGGAGAAGCCGAAUUCAAUCUUCGAUUUAAAAAAAACUUAACUGAUUUUUUAUUUUAUUUUUUAAACCUUAGGUUUUUUGUUUUUAUUAGAGACAGUAGGACAUGAGCGGACAACAAUCCUUUGCCAUAGUAGCAUGAAUAGAUUUUAAACAUGUCAAUUUAAUUGGGUAUGUAGCACUGAAUGUCAUUUCUGACAGUAAAUCUUACGAGGAUUCUGGGUCUUUCAAAACCUGCUUCCUCCUGAGUCCAUAAAUCAAGGAAGAAGAGACCA